GGCUCGUGCGGGAGCUGCUGAGGGAGGAGGCGCCGUCCCGCAUCGCCGCCCUCACUGAGGAGCUCUUCCAGGCUGCGGGGAGCGUCUCUGAGGAGGACGAGACCGGGGCUGAGGUUGAAGAGAGUGCAAUAAACCUGUGGAACUGGGCUGUGACUAAACACGCGGGUUCUGUUGUCAAUGACGAGCAAAGAGCUAAACUACGGUUUGUUGCUUGCAGACUGGUGUGCCUUUGUGAAGGCAGUGAUCCUCCUGAGGGAACUAUUCGAAGGCAGAUUUUGAUGUCUAUGAAAACUGGGAAAGGAUGGAUAGAUAUUGGAAAAGCUGAUCUUGCUGAUGGAUUUCUAGAGAUUGCCAUGACUAGUAUAGAAAAACUGUAUGCAAAGUUACUUAAGGGGAGCGAUGGUGAAGCAGAUAUUCAGGUGCACAAAGCUGAUGUGGAGAAGAACCUCUUCAAAGUACUCUCUUACCAGGCUGAAUCAGCAGUUGCUCAAGGGAAUUUUCAGAAAGCGGUGAUGUGUGUGCAGCGCUGCAAAGAUAUAUUGAUAAAAUUGCCAAAAGAGACCUGUUACCUGUCAAUCCUCUGUUACAAUUUUGGAGUGGAAACCUAUGAAUGGAAGAGGUAUGAACAGAGCUGCUUCUGGCUCAGCGAGAGUUACGACAUUGGCAAGAUGGAUGUGAAAUAUUCUGUUGGCAAAGAAAUGCAGGCUAAAGUGCUGCGAUUGUUAGCUACAGCCUAUUUCGAGUGGGAUUGCAAUCUGUAUCUUGACAAGGCAUUGAAAGCUAUAAGCUUGGCAAAUCAGGAGAAUUUGCAUCCAGCAGGGGUUUUUUUGAAAGUUAAAAUUCUUCUUAAAAGUGAAGCACCUGACGAAGAUAUCAACUCAGCUGUUGCAGAAUUCAUGCAACAUGAGAUGUCUUUAGACUUUUGUUUGAAUACUGCCAAACUGCUGCUGGAGCAUGGAAGGGAAUCAAUUGGUUUUGAUUUUCUGAAAUCUGUUCCUGAACGAUUUGAAUCUUCACCUGACCUUGGAAAAAUUACCCUGUUCCACGUUGAGUUCCUGUUGCAGAAUAAGAGGGAGCUGCUUGCUAAGCAAAAGGUUGAAGAAAUUAUUAUAGGUCAUUAUACUGGGAAACAGCUGUUGCCUGAAGCCUUGAACCGGCUGCACAUCAUCUUGUGGGACAGAGCUGCCAAACAUUAUGAGGCAAAAAGCUAUUCUGAAGCUCUCCACUGGUACAGUUAUGCGGUCAGCUUCUACACACCUGGGCAGAUAGAUCAGAAUUUGGCUAAGCUGCAGAGGAACAUGGCUUCUUGCUAUCUUCAUCUGAAACAAGUUGACAAG